GCGGCAGAACCAAGAGUGGGACUCUCUUUUCUUCACACCGGACAUGCUGGCACCGGCUGUGGAGGUUCCAGCAGCCUCUCAGGUCAUCGCCACGAAUUCCGCAGAUCGACUGCUGGCGAACCAGCUAACCGUGCCCCAACAAUCCUCCUCGUCGCCCUUGCUCCCCGAGCAGUCGCUGAUUAUUGGG